AACUUUGGUAUAAAUUUCAGAAAAUGAUGCGUUUAACAAGAGCACCUGCUAGAUUAAUAGCUUAUGGACUUGUUGUUUUAAGUUUGUUACUUCUAGCUUAUUCACAGAAGUUUGUUGAGAUACCUAUGUCAAGAAUUGAUUACUUUUUCCUCAAUGAGGUUAAACCUGAGUCCUCAAGAACUGAAGAGCUGAAUUUGAUCUGUAUUCUUUGCCAAAGUUCAAACAUUGAGUUAGGCAGUGAUCUUACAAGGCAGAUACGACAAGCCUCUGUAAUGCUAAAAUCAGCUGUAAUGUUUUCUCAGAAACUGUUACAUUUUCAUAUUCUUGCUGAUAACAGUAACCUAUACUCUAGAUUGGUAAAUAUGACACUUGGAUGGCCGGAGAUCUACAAAAGAAAACUAAGGUUUUCAAUGCAUCCAGUUUGGUAUCCUGAGGGGAGAGAUGAUAUGAGAGUUCUGUUCCGUGAGUGUGCUACUGAACGCCUUUUUGUUCCAGAUAUAUUUCCAAACAUUGAAAAGGCAAUUUAUCUUGAUACAGAUUUGAUAUUUUUGCGACCCGUUGAACAUCUUUGGGAUGAGUUCAACAACUUUAAUCAAAACCAGAUUUCUGCCAUGUCCCCAUGUUUGUAUCAUUAUGGUUCAGAGAGAAAUAAAAUUCCAUUUUUUGGUGAAACAGGUCUGAAUGCAGGCAUUAUGCACAUGCAUUUGAAAAGAAUGAGAAAUAUGGACGGUGGUUGGACAAAUGCUAAUCUAGCCAUGUUUGAAAAAUACAAGGAUCAAAUUAGUCUGGCAGAUCAAGAUAUUUUAAAUAUUCUUUUUCACUUUCAUCCAGAGAAAAUUUAUGAACUACCCUGCCAUUGGAACUACAGAGUGUGGCAGUGCAGUCAGGGUGAGAACAAAUGUACUUCAGCAACUGAUCAGGGGGUUUCUAUUCUUCAUGGUAAUGCUCUCACAUUUGUCAAGUUUAAUCACAGAGAGACAUGGGGCAACCCAAAUAUUCCUGGGGUUAAUACAAGAUUGGUGUUUUUACUGGGAAUGGUGAGCGAUGUUGCAAAACAAAAUUCUGUGAAAAAGGAGGCCAUGCAGUAUAAAGAUAUUGUACAAGGAGACUUCUUGGACACAUACCGCAAUCUCUCUUAUAAGAAUGUAUUUGGUAAACUCUGGGUUUCAAACUUUUGUGAGCAAGCUGACUUUGUUGUGAAGACUGAUGAUGAUAUGUUUGUUGAUCUGUAUGCUACUUAUUUCUUCACCAGACAAUAUCUUGUAAGCCCAGAAUAUAAUGAUAACAGCUUUCUUCUUUGUCCCAUGUGGCCACCUACAAGAAUUCUGAGAGAUAAGAAAAGAAAGUGGUAUGUGAGCUAUGAUGAAAUUUCAAAAAAAGAAGGAGGUGAUUUGUAUCCACCGUAUUGCUCUGGAUACUUCUAUAUCUUGAAUCCCGGAACUUCUGCAAGAUUAGUAGUUGCAGCUCAGACAACAAAAUUUUUAUGGAUAGACGAUGCCUGGGUAACUGGUUACAUAGCAAAGAAGUUGAAAAUCAAACAGCUGGAUAUAAAACUAUUAUUGAAGAGAAAGAUGAAAGACGGUUUAAUGAUCAAAUCAAUUCAAACUCCAGAAAUCUAUCAUAAGGACAUCUUAGCUACACCAAAUGGUAGAAAUUUGGAGAUUUCACAAACACUGAACAAGCAUGCUUAUUGGUGUUACAUUCAUCAGUGCUUUAACAAUAUCUAUCAUCCAUCAACCAACAUAUCUAAUACUAAAGAUGUCAUAGAGGAUGGUGUUUUAUCAAAAUGAAAAUUGAUGAAAAAAUGGCAGCUUUUGGCAUCCCCAAAAAAAAGUGAACCAGAAAUGUAGAAUUUGCCUAAUCAUUGCAAACAUAAUCUAAAAAUGUUUAUUUUUAAAAAUUCAACAAAAAAAUAAAUCAAUAAAUAAAAUGUUGGAAACUACAAAUCUUCGAUCAACAAUGAACGAGUAGAAACAUACAAAGUAGCAUCAAAUAUUUAAAGUUCCAUAAUUUUUACUUCAAGAAUGGGAAAAAAGGGGGGUGUGGAUUAAAAUGCAAAUGAAAGACCAAUACAGUAUGUAUCAUCUUUUAUAUAUAAUUGAAGGCCUUCUAAAUGUUGUAACU